UCGCUCCUGGAGUACCCCAGUAUCUGAGACUGAAAAAGAGUAUAUAUCUUGUGCUGAUAUCAUGAUCUAGACAAGUGCUACUGUUAAAAAGAGCUCCGCAGUCAAUAGUACCACCUCUGUUACCCAACAACCCAACGUCUACUUCUUGAAGAUGGCUUCUGCAGACUCUGCGACACGAUGGAAAUACCUGUACAAGGCUCUGUCUAAACCUGGUCCGUUCAGUGACGAAGACUGGGUCCCUGGUUCAGAAACGAUAAGCGCUCUGGAGUCUUCCAAAGUCCUUGUAAUAGGCGCAGGUGGACUAGGAUGUGACAUUCUAAAGAACCUGGCCUUAUCAGGCUUCAAAGACAUCCAUGUCAUCGAUAUGGAUACCAUCGACAUAUCCAACCUGAACCGCCAAUUCCUGUUUCGCCAAGCGGACAUAGGGAAGCCCAAGGCAGAAGUCGCCGCCGCUUUCGUAGAGAAACGCGUCAAAGGUGUCAAGAUCACGCCCUACGUGGGAAAGAUCCAAGACAAAGACGAGGACUACUACAUGCAGUUCAAGCUCGUCGUCUGCGGUCUUGACAGUAUCGAAGCUCGGCGCUGGAUCAACUCUACCCUGAUUUCAAUGGUCGAUUUUGACAACCCGGAGAGUCUCAAGCCGCUCAUUGAUGGCGGGACUGAGGGCUUCAAAGGACAGGCUCGUGUGAUCCUCCCCACCCUGUCCUCCUGCAUUGAGUGCCAACUCGACAUGCAUGCGCCUCGACCAGCUGUCCCACUCUGCACCAUCGCCACCAUCCCCCGCCAGCCUCAGCACUGCAUCGAAUGGGCCCACCAGAUUGCCUGGCAGGAGCAGCGCAAGGACGAGCCCUUUGACAGCGACGACAUGGAGCACAUCGGCUGGGUCUACCAGACCGCCCUCGAGCGAGCAAAGCAAUUCAACAUCUCAGGCAUCACCUUCCAAAUGGCCCAGGGUGUAGUGAAAAACAUCAUCCCCGCCAUCGCCUCCACCAACGCUGUCAUCGCGGCCGCUACCACCUCCGAAGCACUGAAGAUCGCUACCUCCUGCAACCCCUACCUCGAGAACUACAUGAUGUACGCAGGCGAGGACGGCGUCUACACUUAUACCUUCGAGGCGGAGAAGAAGGCCGACUGUCCUGUUUGUGGGAACCUCGCCCGCAAGAUGACCGUCGACCCCGAUAUGACGCUGGAGGUCUUUAUCGAGACGCUGGGUGAACGCCCUGAAGCCCAGCUGAAGAAGCCCAGCAUGCGAACCGAGGAGAAGACGCUCUACCAGCGUUUCCCGCCCCAGCUGGAGGAGCAGACUAGAUCUAAUCUCAAGCGUAAGCUUCGGGAGCUUGUCCAGGAUGGUCAGGAGAUUGCUGUUAGUGACCCUGCGUAUGUCAUUGACUUUCGAUACCGGUUGAUUUUCAGUUAAUGCGCUUGUUGUGGCUCGAAUGAGAUAUAUAUGCAUUACGAUUUUUAUUGUUAUUUCCCUACGACU